AUGGCGCCGGCCAACGCCAGUGCUGGCUCAACCACGUCUGUCCAAGUCGCGGUUCGUAUCAGGCCCGUGACCAACCAGGACGCGACAAACAUACCCCCUCGAUUCCAGCGGAUUGUAAUUCAUGACUCUUCUACAACCCAAGUCGCCGUAGACGCCACCAGCGGUCCUCCAGCACAAGGCGGCUCGCAGCCAGUCACUGGCCCCCCGCCAAAGAAGCAGACGUUUAAUUUCGACCAAGUCCACGGUCAAUCCACAACGCAACAUUCCCUUUAUACGUCGACUGCCCAGCCGCUCGUCUCGCGCUUUCUCGAGGGCUUCAACUGCACCGUGCUCGCAUAUGGCCAGACGUCGUCCGGAAAGACGUAUUCCAUGACCGGUGUCGACUUGGAUGCUGACCCAAGAGACGCGACAAAUGGCAUGGGUAUCAUCCCUCGUGCCGUUGCCGCCAUAUUCGCAAAGGCAAACGAACUCAAGACGGAGAGGGCUGGAGGCUGGCAAUACGCGAUAAAAGGUUCAUUUAUUGAGCUGUAUAAUGAGGAUCUCAUCGACCUCCUCGUCGACGAGUCGUCUGGCGUCCGUCGCGAGGUCCAAAUCCGCGAGGACAAGGACGGCCACAUCAUUUGGGGCGGCUUACGCGAAGUAAAUGUCCGUAACGCGCAAGAAGUCAUGAACCUCAUUCGGCAAGGGACUGCAAUUCGCAGGACAAACGAGACCGACAUGAACGCCCAGUCCUCCCGCUCGCACGCAAUAUUUUCCCUCACGCUCACCCAAAAAAAGUAUACCGGCAGCGGUGCACCUCCACGUUCAACCUCACCGUUACCCCCUGCCGCGGGGCGCUCUCCGUCCCGGCUCGCACGACCGAGCUCUGUAUACGCUUCUGGCGGCCCAAGUACCCGCGUUGGAAGCCCGACCGUAGGAAGGCCGCCUACCCCCUCGUUUGCCAAUGCAAUGAGCAGGGGCGGGCUACGGCCUUCAUCCGCCUUGGGCCAUCGAUCUGGGAGUCCCGAGGAGGAAGACGGACCAGGGUCCUGGACGACCAUUGUCUCCAAGUUUCACUUUGUCGAUUUGGCCGGCUCUGAACGUCUCAAACGCACCGCCGCGCAGGGAGACCGAGUCAAAGAGGGCAUUUCCAUCAACUCGGGUCUUCUCGCGCUGGGAAAUGUUAUUUCUGCCCUCGGUGAUCCGUCGAAAUCACGGGCGACUACCCACGUCCCUUAUCGAGAUUCGAAACUCACACGCCUGUUGCAAGACUCGCUCGGUGGCAAUGCGCAUACACUCAUGAUUGCGUGUGUCAGCCCGGCGGAAUGGAACGUGGCUGAGACGAUUAAUACGCUCAAGUAUGCAAAUCGUGCGAGGAAUAUCAAGAAUCGGGCAGAGAUUCGGGAAAAGGAAGAAGGGUGGGACGACGUCGAGUGGCUACAGUCCAUGGUCCUCAAGCUUCGGAAAGAGGUCAAGGUCAUGAAGGAUGGUGGCGUCUUGCCUCCUUCGGCCUCUGGCGCUGGUACUGGCGAUGUAGCGAGUGGACCGAGCGCGCGAGUGCUUGAGCAGAUGGUCGAGCUUCAGAGCAACUAUGAAGACCUCCGAUCCAAGUUUACUGAGCGCACGGAAGAGCUCACUCGUCUACGGAGGGAGAUGGAGGAUAGGCGCUAUGCCGGCGGCGCUGUGGGUGCGUCGCGCAAGUAUGAGGAGAUUGUGGGACCCGUCAUCGACGAGUACGAAAAGACGAUUAGUGCCAUGGAGGCAGAGUUGAGUCUCAAUCGUGCUGCCUUGCGGCAUACCAAUGACAUGUUCAUUGAGAAAGAAGAAGAGCUCGAAUCACUCGCUAUUCGUCAUGCUGCUACCGAGGCGUAUGUCGACGAGCUUCGCCUUCGUGUCGCGAAACUUUCCGAGCGGGAGUCUGCUACCGAGUCUUAUAUCCGUGAUUUGGAGAACAAGCUCAAGGCCAUUGAUGACACCACUCAAUCCUCCAACAGCACCGUUUCCGAUCUCAAGAGGGAAAUUGCAGCAUUCAAAGACGCAGAGGCUCACUCGGCCCAACACAUUGCCGAUUUAGAAGCGCGACUGUCCAAAGCAGACGAAAACGUCUUGGCGUUGCGCGCGACGAUACAGGCGCUCGAGAUUCAAUCCGAGUCGCGACGUGCUCAGGCGGAAGAAUUGGAACGCCAGAUGCUCACGCUCACCAAGGAUGGCGAAAGUUGGCGAGCAGAACUUGAGCAACGGGAGCAUCGUGUCACCGAGUUGGAGGAAAGACUCAAGCGAUGGGAGGAAGAGAGGGAUGCUGCGCAAGAAGAUCGUGCGCGGUUGGGUGGACUCGUUGGUCAAGUUUCCAAGGCACGACAGAGUCUUGACGAAGAGGUUGCGCGCGCGCAAGCAAACGACAAGGAACCUGCCGCCGCGACGGCUGCUGCUGCUGCUGCUUCUACCGAGGGCGUCAACGAGGAGCUGCAAAAGCAAUACGUUGCGCUGCAAGAGACACAUACUGCAACCCUCGCCGAUCUUUCGUCGAUUGCAGAGGCAAAAUUGCAAAGCGCUCAACGGGAUGGUGCGGUUACACCCUCGGCAGACGAGAGCACGGGGCCUCCGCAAUACGAUUCAAUGUCACUUGGACGACGACGCGGAAUGGCCAAGCGCGCCAAUCUCGAGAUGUUUGAAAACUCGGGAGUCAACAUUAAUGGAGGUGGUAGCGGAAAUGGAACGCCUGGUACCCAAGGCCGGCGGCUUUUUUUCCGACAGGCGGCCUCGUCGGAAUCGCUCCACGCGAGGUCGCAAUCGCAAUCGCAACCUCUGUCGCAGGAGCUCUCCUCGGCGCGUACGCCCAAGCAUUCUUUAACCAGCCUGAGCAUCAACGGCGUUGGCGCCUUUGGUAGUCAUUCACCGAUUUCGGCGGGGACAACGACGCCCAAGAUGACGUUGCUUGGAUCGUCUGCACCGUCAUUAUCUUCUGCGCCGCAGACACCGUCUGAGGGCAACAAUGCGCGGUCCGUGCAGAGUUUGGAAAAAGAGAUUAUGCGGCUUCAAGAGGUACUCAAAGAGCGCGAGGCGGAGAUUGGCGCUCUUGAGAUCAGCUUGAAGGAGCUCAAGAACCCACCCAAGAAGGCUAGAGUGGCGGAAGAAGACUUGCCUGAAGAUGUAGAGGACGAGCAGCCUUCGGAUGGCAAGCUUUCGCCUUCAUUGAUGAAGCGCUUCGCAAGACUGAGGCAUAGCUUGAUCAUUGAGCAUCCUCCCAAGUUCCCCGACGAUGAUGCACCCCCCGAGUCGGAGAGUCUUGAUCGGUUGGACGAGUUGAUGCGAUCCAUGGCUCAGAAAGAAUCGCAGCACAAGGAACAAGUCGAUAGUCUGAGCAGCCAGCUCGCUCGUAUGACACGCCAGUAUGAGGACCUUAGUGUGCUCUCCCGUGAUCAGGCUAUGAACAUGUCCAACGAGCUUGAAGGUCUGCGAUCUCAGCUCCAAAAUGCCGAGACACAGCGCGUGGAACUGCAAUCGCAACUUGUCGAGCUUCAAAAGCGAGAAGCAGAACUUGUCGACGCCCACUCUGUCACAUCGGCGGAUCACUCUAAAGCAAUUGACGCACUCAAGGCCGAGCAUGCCGCUGCAAUUGCAUCCCACUCCGACGAGGCUGCUGCACGCAUCGCUCAAGCCGUCCAGGAAUUGACGACUGCAAAGGCCAACCACGAGGCUGCUCUCGUUGCGAAGCAAAACGAGGUCGAUGCACUCGUCCAGCGUAUCAGUGCAGAUCACGAGAGCACGCUCUCUCGCCUCCACAAGGAAAUUGCCGAAGCCGAAGCUCGUGCGCUCAAGAUGCAAGAGGAAAAGGAGACAGCUUGCCGAGAACUCAAGUCUGAGCACGCUGCCGCCCUGAAGGCACGCUCCGACGAGGUCGAAGCGCAACUUGCCAAGACACGAGAGGAGCAUCAACAGGCAGUGGCCAACCAUGAACGACUCGUUGCCGACAAGGAGAGAGAGUUUGCGGCGUCGUUGCAAGCCUUGAAAACGGAGCACGAGGGACAUGUUUCUCGUCUUCGCUCCGAGCACCAAAAGUCGCAGGCUGAUGCCAUUGACGUUCUUCGAUCUCAGCAUUCCGAGAAGCUGUCCGUCAUCCAGGCCGAACACGAAGCCGAGUCGACUCGAAAGCAAGAAGCAUCUGCUCUUGCAAUCAAGCAGGCACAAGAGCGUCAUGAAGAGGAGAUGCAAAAGUUGAAGGCGUCGCAUGAUGAGGCACUCGCUCGUAAAGAAGCAGAUCUCACUUCUCAACUUGCUCGCCUCAAGGAAGACCACGCAGCUGCUCUUAAGCAAGCUGAAAUUGCUCGCGAAGGCAGUCUCUCCGAAUCCCAAGAUGCUCAGCUCAAGGCCGUACAGCAGCUGCAAGAACAACAUGCAGAGGACAUUCGCCGGCGCGAGCAAGCCUUUACUCAGGACCUCGAGAAUGCAAAGGUGGAGAGCGCACGACUUCUCAGCGAAAAGGAGCGUGAUCACGAUGCUGCCAUCGCCAAGCUCAAGGCCUCAUACGAGGAGCAGGCAAAGGCUGCUGAAGAGGCAUUUGGUCAGCAGCUCGCAGAUGCGGUCAAGCGUGUGGGUGAUCAACACCUUCGUUUGGUGGAAAAGGCCGAUGGGGAGUUCCUUCAGAAGAUGAACGAACUCAGUGCCGAGCAUGCACAGAAACUGGCGACAAAGGAGGCCGAACACAACGAACUUUUGGCCAAGCAACGUUCAGAGCACGCUGCAGCCAUCUCAGAGUUGCAAGCCAUUCGCACCAAGUUGGAGGCAGAGGUCCAAACACUCGAGGCCUCUCUUGCGCGUGCAAAGGAAGAGUUUGAUGCCUUCCGUCAAGAGCAAGAAACAUCUUUGUCGACUUUGCGUCAAGAGCAUUCGACUAGCCUCGCAAACCUGUCGGCUGUCAAGGAAGAACGGGAUCGCGAACGGGCACGCCUCACCGAGGCCUUGGCAAAGAGCGAUUCGGCUCUGGAGUCGCUCAAGACUGCUUCAAAGGCAGAGCUGGCUUCAGCAGUCGCAAAUGCGCAACAGGAGCAGGCUACGCUCAUCUCCAGCAUCUCAAAGGAGCACGACACCGCUCUUGCACAGCUCAAGGCCGAGCUCGAGGAGAAGAAGGCUGCCUGGGAUGCCGAGCGUAUGGCACUCCAAAAGGCGCAUACGGAGGAGAUCCUUGCAUCAAAGACAGAGCAUCAGCAGGCAAUGACUGCUGCUCAGAACGAGAUUGUUGCCCUUCGUGAACAGCAUCAGCAAGAGAUUGAAGAAAUCCGUCUUGAGCAUGACAUGCUGGUGGCUGAAGAGCGAGAACAGCAAGCACAGGCCUUGGCCGAAGUGGACGAGAUGCAUUACAUGGAGCGAGAGGCACUUCAGAAGGAUCGAGAUCUUCUUGCUGCUCAAGUAGAGGAACUGUCUGCUGCUGCUGCCGGUGACUCCGACCUGAAUGCUCAGCUCCAGCAAAUGAGAAGCGAGCACGAGCUGGCACUCAACGAAAAGCUUGUAGUCAUUACUCGCUUGGAGAUGGAGAUUACCACGGUCAUGAAGGAACGCCGCGAAUACUCCCAGCAGAUUGAUAUGCUCAAAUCGGAGCUCGAACGCGCACAGAUGGCUCAGCCGACCUCUUCGGACUCGAAGCGAGAGUCUCUCGUCGAGGAACUAGAUCGUCACCGUUCCGUUAUCGGUGACCUUCGCAUCGACCUUCAGCGCACCAAGGAUGCCAUGGAUACGCUACAAGCAGAGAAGGCUCGUCAAGAUCAAAUGGUCAAGGAGUUGCAGGCACAGCUUGUCGCCUCUACAGAGGGCCAUGGCUCGAACGACUCACACGAUGUCCAUAUGACUCCUCGCUCGCGUGUCAACGGCGUGCCGCCUUCGAAGCCUCCUCCAGCCGGCGCAUUGCCCUCACUUCCAAAUGGUGCCCAUCUCUCGCACGACAAGUUUGGCAGCAUCUCGUCACGUUCGAUGACCACUUCGACGAUGCACUCUGCUACGGACUCGCUUGUCAAUCCAUCGACCCCAGCAACGUCCAUCCUCUCUCCAGGCCCGCAAACCGACUCGAAGAUAGCCGCUCAACUGGAAGAGCUGACCCGUCAGGUCGAGGAGCAGGAUACGAUGAUCAAGACGCUCAACAAGCAAUUAACGCACUGUGAGGGCGACCUGCAGGCACAUAUGGACCUUGUUCGAACACUCGAGUCUACCUUGAACGACUCUGAGCGCAAUCUCCGCAAAGCCCGUCUCCAGGCUUCAGAGAUGGCUCGCGAGCGUGAUACUUUGCAGCAUCAACUCGAGGCCGCACGUAAUGAUCUUCAAGAUGCGAAACGCGAAGUUGUCAACGUACGAAUGUCGAUUGUUGAGGAGAAGCAGUCGUUGGAGCAACGACUCGAUGAAGAACGACGCGCCAAGGAGCGCGCGCGUGCACAACUGGACAGCCGGAUGGAGGAACUCGCAAAGCGCAAGUCCAAGUUUGCUUGCAUGUAA